CUCGUAUAUCCUAGUACAUAAACUCACCCUUUUGUAAUAGAAAUACGCAAAAAUAUGAGAUUUUUUUACGCCAUUGCGUUUGUAGCUCGUCCGAGCUAGCCCCUUAUGAAGAUUUAUGAGCACAAUAAUAAGCCAAUGUGAGCUGAAUUCGUUACCGUCCAAUCAGCUUGCCCACCCCCCUUAAUAGGCAAUACUCCGAACUACCUAGGCUACCUACAUUAGGGCGUUGACUGUGCCAAAACCUGAAAACUAUAGUACAUAUAGGUAUCAAUCAUUCUUAAACCAUAACACAGGUCAUUUUAUCUCUUUUAAAUUCUCAUUUAUACGUUAUAUUUCAAAUGAUGCUUCUCAGAGAGCCCAUCUCAGUCAAUAUGAGCAAGGAGAUCACCGUCCACACGUCUUCUCUCUUCGACUCGAAGCAGAAACGCUUCCUUUCGGACCUGUCCAUCUUGAUUGACGUCAACACUGGUUUAAUAACAAGGGUGUAUAAGCGGGACGGACUGGUCGAUGAUGCAUCGCAACCGAACACAAUUGAUCUCCGAGGCCUGACUGUUCUCCCGGGCCUCGUCGACGCUCAUACUCAUAUAUUUCUGCAUGCAUACUCCGAGGUAUCUUCCUUGAACCAGAUGCGCGAUGAGAGCUUCGUCGAAAGGGUAGUGAGAGCUACGAAUCACGCCAGAGCAGCUUUGAUGGCCGGUUACACCACCUACCGUGAUUUAGGUACGGAAGGUUUAAGAGAUGCCGACGUGAGCUUUAGAGAUACCAUUAACCGUGGCAUCAUCCCCGGGCCUCGCAUGUUCGUGGCGACGGAAUGCAUCGCUUCUAGCGGGGGCUAUGAAAUACGGGUGGAGAAUGGCCUCCCUGGAGUCGGCCAGACUACGCCUCGAAUAUCAGACCCCGCGGAUGGCGUCGAUGGUGUUAGAGCAGCUGUCCGUCGGUGCUUGGGGGCUGGUGCUGAUAUCAUUAAGUUCUAUGCCGACUAUAGGAAGCGAGCAUUAAGGUAUCCAAAGCCCAGCUGGGCAGGCGAGAAAGACAUUGCCUUUCCUCCGUCCGACGACGUUAUCACCGGGCAAAGAAACCCGAACAUCAUCCAAUUCACUCAAGAAGAGAUGAACGCGAUGGUGAUAGAGGCAAAACGCUCGGGCGCUCCCAUUUGCGCUCAUGCGCAGAGCCCCGAUGCUGUCGUAAUGGCGGCCAAGGCGGGUGUCACAUCUAUCGAGCACGGCUACAUGCCUAGCGAAGAACCUCUAAAGGCAAUGAAAGAGAACAACACUAUCUUCGUGCCAACACUAGCAGUCUAUCAGAUUUCAUUAGGGGACGGUGAUGCAAUGAAAGCUAUCUUCAAGCACAUUAAAGCUGCCUUCGAUCGGGGAAUCAAGCUCGCUGCUGGCGGUGAUACGGGCGCCUUCGCGCAUGGCGAGAACGCUCUUGAACUAGAACUGAUGGCGAAGGCGGGUAUACCCGUCCUCGAUGUCUUACAAGCAGCGACAUUACACGGCUGGGAGGCAUGCGGUGGAGAUCUUUGUGGUAGAAGGUUUGGGCUGCUGGAUAAAGGAUUUGCAGCUGAUAUCAUUGCUGUUGAUGGCAAUCCGACCGAGGACUUCAGUGCGCUGAGGAGGGUAAAGUUUGUUAUGAAAGACGGGGUUGUGUAUAAGGAGGAGUACAAGGGCUUGUCCUAGAACUGAGUACCUACGUAUAAUAAGUACGCUACCUAAUAUAUGCCACUAAAAUUAGUAGCCUGCUAGUCUUCAUCAGCGCUAGAAACCUUCUAUGCUUCAACGCCCUAGGCUAGCUAGCUCCUUGUUUUGACAGCGGGAUUUAAUCGAGACUUAUUAAACACUCAAAUAAAUCC